GAACUGAAAGCACACGUGCUCAGAACAGUCACCAGUUUCGCAGCCGAUGGCGCGCCCAAGGAGCGGCGUUCAGUCUUCAUCGCUGCUCGCGAUCUGUUCCCUAACUUGUUAAUCGUGAUUCGCGACCCAGCUCACGCCAUGCGCAUUGCCUGCAAAGCGAUGCACUGCGACGACGUGUUCGGGCAGGUAUGGAACGAGCUGUUCAAUGAUCGGCACGCGCUGGUUCCUGACCUGAUGAAUUCCAGCAAGUGGCGCAACCUUCUGGUGGCCAUUCAGGAGGACAACGUGCAUGCAGUGGCGGUGCCCGGACUCCCUGGAGGGCCCCAGCCCCUGGCGGGAAUCGUGCGGAACUUGGCGUUCGCCAAGCGACGCUUUGACUCGACGGCGGGCCCGGCGUUGAAAAUCGCUCUCAUGCUUCUGCCGGUGGCAACCUUGCUGGCGCACAUUGCGUCCGACCGUCGCCACGAGCGGGAGCAGCGCGAGCGGGCGGGUGCCUUGUUGCGGAAAUUCGAUACUAAGUUCUGCAUGGCCGUCGGUUGGUUCCUGCGGCUCUUCGACGUCGCCAGCCACGACAUUGCGAAGUCGCGUUCUGAGAUCGACUGCAUGGUCGAGACGUUGGACGCGGUCCUCAUGCAAGGGCGCGUCUUCCAGUCGGUCCUUCAGGAGCCGCUGCCGCGGCUCCGCGCGGCAGGGCACGAGGCGGGCUUCAUCGCAGAGACGGCCGCGCGCAAUCUUCGCCGCAAAUAUGUGUUCUACGCAGACGGCGACCCCGCGAUGCCAUGGGGGAAGCCAGCAGUGGCGCACAAGGAGGAGCUCCUCCACCGAUUGCAGAACGUGGCGGGAUUGACAAGAGAGCGCUUGCUCGCGGACUUCCCGCGGACUGACGCCCGCUCGGCGCUGGCGAUGUUUCACCGGCGUCUCGUGCAGACAGGUUUCGGCCCAGUGCCUGAUGUGGAAGUGCGGCGGUUCCUGUUGCGGGGCGUGCGCCAGCUGGCGGCCUUGCUCGGUUGCGACGAACAGGUGGCGAUACAGCAGUACAACGGCGUGCUUCCUUACAUGAUGGAACAGAUGGAGCCGUCUCAGCCACUGGCGGGAGCCACUAACCAGCAGGCGUGGGCUCGCGUGCUCGACGAUAACUUUUGGGGGGCGGCUUGCCCGAGGCGGCUCCGCGGGGCUUCUCGCGUGCUGCGCCGCCUCGUGCGAUUCCACAUCUCGAUUGAAGACGGGGAGUGCACCGUCGAACGCGACUUAGGCAGAUUUCGGGAUCAGCGGGUAGAGCACCGCACCGAUGAUAUCGCCUUCCACGACGACAGCUUGAUCCUGAAGUUGAACGGGCCGAAGACGGCGGUGGAUUUCUCCGAAGGCGCGGCUCGCUCUGGAUUGGGCUGGACAUCCUUCUCCAGGGAAUGCGCCAGCCUCUGGCUGGAACUGUUCGGCCAUCGGCGUGGGCAUUGCAAUCCUCACGCGACUGCGGCGGCCAAGUUGAAGAGGCGCCUGGCGCCCGGGCUUGUUCGAGGACGUGUUCGGGCCGUUCUUGGGGCCGCCGGACUGGCCGCGGGUGCCGCGCGUCUGCGACGGGCGCGGGGCCAGUCGUCGACCGCGGUGCAUUCUGGCGCCGGCACCGAGGCGAGCGCUUUGUGGAAUGAUGACAUGGGUAAGUUCCAGGCGCGCAGCCGCAAUAAUAUACCAGGCGUCACGCAGGCGCGGGCGCGCCCUGGGGCGCCUUUCGCGGGUCCGCCCGGCGUCCACUUGGCUCCGAGACGAGGUGCGACGACGCAGCCUCUGGCGCGGCCUUCGCCGUGCAGCAAGGUAGCAAGCCUCGGCGGCGCGACUGGCGCGUGCCCUGCGAGAGGUUGCGCUACUGUCACUGGCAGACACCGCUGUGCAGAAGCAGACCUCGUCGUCGUUCCAGACUUUACGCUUCUCCACGACUUGGGCGCGCUAGCAGCCAGCGCGGACCUGACCGUCUCUUACUUUUACAUAGUGUCGCUGGGCCUCGACGUCGUUACGAAGACGCACUUGGUCUUAGCCCGGGGCCGCCCAGAUGGAAUUCCACUCGGCCACCGCAUGCGCCGCGCUCCAGCAAACGAGCGCCAGGAGGUAAUCCAUCUCGCGCCAG